GGGGUAUUAUUGUUGUUGAGUUGCUGUCUCACAGCUGUCGCAUGAUACCCUGCGUCUUUAUAUAUUAUUAUUACAUUUUGAACUAUAUAAGGACAUUAAACAGGUUUUUUUUACCACUAACUGUUUAGUAAUUGGUAAUUUGGAAUAUUCGGAUUUUAGUGGGGAUCGAAAACACCGGAAGUCACGGUACCGCUGUAACAAUGAUGACGACGUCACGGUUCGAACGUUAACUACAGAUCGUCGUUGAGGAAAGAAUCUCAUCGAUAUACUCACAGAGCAAUAUCUAGACAAUCAAAGAAGUUUUUCAGUCUUGUUUAUAAAAUAAAUAGAAUUGAAGAGAGAAUUGGCCGAGUAAGCUAUGGGUGGCGUGGAUAAUCCGUUCCAGCAGUUAGAGGCUGCCAAAAAGCAGCUUAUUAUGGAAUUUAAAGAAAAUGCAAAGUCCGCCCAAGAAUUGGAAUUUUGGAAUAGAAUAGAAAUUGUAAGAGAUAAUUAUCCAAAUUCACAAGAGGACAGUUCAUCAGGAGAUACAACAGAAGAAACAAAACAAGAGAAGUCAGCUGCCGGCGAAAGAGCAAAUGAAGAAAAGGGUUCAAAAGAACAUACAGUUACAUUCCACAUGUCUGAGAUAGAACAUGGAGCAGGGGAUGAUACACCUUUGCCUCAAAAAGAUUUUAUAUUCCAGAAUGAUGGCAUGGAGCAUGACUUCAGUCAAAACGCUACCAGAGGUGAAUCCCUGAUCAAUGUAUUUGCAAAUGAAGAUGACAAUGGACUGACAGCUUUACAGUUGACAGAAGACAAACUUGAAAUAAAUGAAACGGAUAACAAAAACGUAUCUACUAAAAAUGGUUACAAGGUUGGAAUCGAAGAUCUCUUCAAAGCAGCAAAGAAAACAGCAAAAAUGGAAGCAACGGAAUCUGAGAAAAAAAGAAAACUGAAAGUAAGAGAAUCAAAAAAGAAACUAAAAAUGGAAGCCCGGGAAACCGAAAGGAAUUGAAAACUAGAAGAAAUUGAAUUAGAAAAGAAAAUGAAGGAUCAGAAAUCUAGGGAGAAGAAAACACGAGAAGAAAAGGAAAUUAAGAAAAAAAGAAAGCUAAGAACCAGAAGAAAUACGAAAAAUGUGUUUUGAUCGGUAAAGAAUACGACUCAAAGCAAAGAAGAAAAGAAGAAGCAAAAUCAUCACUGGAAAAAAAUAUAUCGCAGGCUAACCAAUCUAAACAAAAAAGGAAAAUUGGUCAAAAUGAAUCUACAGAAAAAAGAAAACCAGAAACAAAAGACAUAAGACAAAAGGAAGAACAUAAAUCUAUUCGCGAAAAACGUAUAAUUGAAAUAACGGAACGUAAUGGCAAGGUAGUAAAGGAGAAAAAAGAACUGAAAGCUCAAAAAUCCACAGAGAAAGGAAAGGUGAAAACAAACACAUUACAUGAUAAAACAUUAGCUGAAGCCAGUGAAUUUGAUGGGAAGGGCAAACCUGAACUAAAAGAAACUAAGAUCAACGAAAAACUAAAAUCAAAGGAAUUUAAGGAGAAAUUAGUUACAGGGGAGGUAAAACCAGUGAAUAAACCUAAGCUGAUGGAUUUUGUUAGAAGCCUAGUUGGACUCAUUCGGAACAGAUAUUAUAACUUUCAGUCAAACCAUGCUCCAACUGUACUUUUUGAACAGUUACAUUUAUUUGUUUGUUUAUUUAUGAAUUUUUAUUUCUUGCCUUUGUUUAUUUAUGAAUACUUAUU